AUGGGUAAAUGUGGAAAGGGUACAGGAUCAUUCGGUCUUUGUAACAGUAAAACCCACACUCUCUGCCUGAGAUGUGGAAAUCGCUCGUUUCAUGACACAAAAAAAAGAUGUGCCUCAUGUGGAUAUCCUGACGCCAAGACCCGUCAUUACAAUUGGUCAUUUAAGGCCAAGAGAAGGAAGACCACAGGAACUGGAAGGAAAAGGUAUUUGAAAACAAUGCCGAGACGCUUUAAAAAUGGGUUCCGUGAAGGAACUAAACCACCCUCCAAGAAGUAA